AUCAUCAUAAAUCUCAAUAUCUCUUGAUCCUAUUCCAUUUGCAGCAAUAUGGAACUCAAACGCACAAGAAUUGCUUCUGUCAUUCUUCUUCUUCUCUGUUUCGUCCUCUAUACUUCUUCCUUCACAGUUCGACAUGGCGAAGAACGAGAGAGAGAAGAAGUGCCAACAAUUCCCAAACCAUCGUUGUGGGAGAUUCUCAAAAAUGGGUUCUCUCUCUUCACAUCUUCCCCCUUGAAAGUUUCAAGCUACCGGGACAAGUUCAAGUCGCUCACAAGCCAACUGCAUACUCAUUUCUUCCCUCCUAAUUUGGAUUUUAAGGUAACUAGUAGUAGUGAUGCUGAAGCAAGAGUUGAUCAACCUACCAGUCCAAGAGGUGGUGGUGGAGCUGGAGAGAAGGUGAAAGAGGCGGUGAGCAAGAGUUUCGAGAAGAGCAAAGAAACGGUGGAGGACACGGCUAAAUCAGCAGGCAAAGCAGUAGGUGAAACUGUGCAGAAGACCAAGGAGAAGGUGAAGAGGAGCUUGUCUGACAAAGAAGGUCAUCAAUCUCAUGAACCUGAGCUGUGAUUAAUAUUACACACAGGGAUGAACUUUUGGGUCUUCAGUAGUACUAGUGCACUAUGUUUUUUUUGUGGAUAUAUGAAUGCUGUUGGAAGUUGUAAGCAAGUUCAGAUUGAUUUUACAGUACUUAGGUACUGUAACUUGUAAUGAGCAGUGUAACAUAUGCACAACGUAUUUUGACAUGUUCAUGUGCUGAGUCAUAAGUUCAUCGUUUUGUAUCCCACAAUUUUCAUUGCCACAAGGACCUCAUUUACAUUUCAUUUUUAUCAAUGUUAUAUGUAGGUGUUAAAAUUGUAUUUGUUGCUACGGCGCAGUUCCUUCUUGUUAUAUAUAUUUUUACGAAAAUCAA